AUGCAGUCCAACAUGAAGCAACCCAUCCCACCCAGCUUAACGCGCACAGCCCACCACCUCUCGGUGACUCCCGUUGAGCUCGUUCUGCCAAUCAUCGACGUCCUACCUCUUCACAGGGUCCUUGACCUUCUUGCCGCCGAGCGCAGUAUCGACGAUGGUGGCUCGGCUUUGGAGGUUGCGAUCCGUACAAGCGACCCUUGGUCGAGCCUGCGAGAUGUGGAUCUUGGCCGCCUGUCCAAGCUUUGGGUGGCCUUCAACCAGCUAUCGUUGCUGAUCACUGACCGGAGGGUCGUGAGUAGCCGCUUUCAGUUACCAGAGAUGGAAUACAUGUGCUACGACUUCAAGAAGAGAAAAGCCACAGGGUUGGAGUUCAUGGAGAAGCUCGAAAAAGAUCUCGAGACCAUCUUCAAUGACGAAAUCCUCUGGGACGAGAACUUCUUCGGGAAUCAGCGCAACUCGAGGAGCGUCAGCCUCAAGGCCGUGUGCCAGUUCACUCCUGACCAUGUAGACCUGUCGGACUACUACCCCCCGCAUGGCGUCCCCAAGGAGCGACCUGAAGGGUCACGUAUGAAGACCGUGGCUGAUUGUAUCGAGCUGCUCCCACACCUUUUCAGCGGGCAUCGGCGACUGAAAGAAGCCAGGUCAUCUGAGCUUCGGCAUCUUGCCGACUUAUUCGAGAUGUAUCCAGGUUAUCUGAUGUCUUCGAAGUCUGGAUACUACGGCGUAAAGAACACGCAACAUAUCACGAGAGAGCUCCGCGGCCGAGCUCGGACGUGGAAGAAGUCCAAGUCGUACAUGAUGUAUCGUCAUCCGGUAUUGGUGCCUCAAGACGUCUGCUUUCGGAUAUUCUCCGUAUACUUUGAGAAUGUACGAUUGCCGACGAGGGACAGAGACGAGGACGACAAGGAGUCCGAGGACCAACGAAUGGAGAGGAAGAUAGCAACCAUAGCCGGGAUUAAUGCGGACCUUCGAAAGGAUUUUCACACAGCCGCGGCGGGCAUCAAGUCUAUUCACACCUACGAGGGCAGUUUUCCUCGCCUAUCGUCUUCGGUGUCCGAACAGGACUAUAUUGACUUCCAAAGGGAAGUUAGGAGGGAUCGGUGGACGGUCAGCACUGAAGCCAGGAAGUACGGGAACUUCUUCCCCGCAACCCCAAAGGAGAUGGCAUGGCUGGAUUCUUUCCUGCGCUGCGUCAAAUGGAUCGAAUCCCACAACGUCGCUUGGGCAGAAGACUUUCAAUGGUAUCCUUCGAGAUACUACAACCGGUCUCGGAGGGGUAUUGACAUGAAUACCUACGGGAAGACGACACCACCGAAAACAGAGAUGUUACUUGAGCUGUCCGACUUUCGAGAUUUCAUCGACAACGCUCCCGUUGAGGAGGUGGCUAGGCAACUGCAAGCCGACCACGACCUGUCAAAGGAAACAGAGACGGCGGGGCUUCCGAGUCUCACCGCCCUUUAUAUGCCCAAGUGGCCCUCGGCGAGGGCUGUAGAGGUGGCCAAAUGCAUCUGGCCUGAGGGAUGGGGUCAACGAUGGGACCGCCAAAUGGCUGGGUGGCGAUAUGCUAGCAUGAUCAAGUCCAUCAAGGAUCGCCUCAAGAAGCCUCAGAAGAAGGAGGCCGCAGAUGGGCUGAAAAGCGAAGACGUUCAGGGAUACCAGAAUCAGAUUCCCCAGCGACAAUUGUGUUAUGUCUGCAGCAGGUCGCUCAGCCAGGAGCAGUGGCACAAGACACUGGGAUCGAUGUGCGUUGCAUGCGGCGAUUUCAACCUGGUCGAGAGAGCGUAUUCGAUGCCGGGACACCUUUGGCUGUUUCGAAAGACGGCGCUGGUGACCGGCGCGCGGAUCAACUUGGGCUUCCAUACAGCUCUGCGCCUGCUCCGCUGCGGCGCGUUCGUCAUCGCUUCGUCGCGGUACCCGGAGGACGCCCUCUCGCGCUACCAAAAGGAGCUCGACUUUGAGAAGUGGAAAGACCGCCUCAGGAUCGUCGGGGCAGACUUCAGAGCGGCAAAAGACGCCUUCGCACUGGUCGAGGCCACGAAGGCGAUACUGCGAGCGGAAGACCGGAGGCUAGACAUCUUGAUCAACAACGCCGCGCAGACUCUCACUGAUCCUAUCAACAAGGAGCAAAUCGCUACUGCCCGAGAGCAGGAGCUGCUCGAGCAAUCGGCGGCUUCGGAUGCUGACAACCACGUUGUCGUGCGCAAGGGAUAUACUGCGCGGGUUCGUGGUGGCGCGACUCUGCCGGGGAUCUCUGGCCAGGAUACGAGCCUUCUUGAGGCAGCGUCGCAAACGGACUCCGCUGUCAUAGAGACGCCAAUGUCGAACAUGCAAAUCUCUUCACCUCCAGGGCCAUCUUCUUGGGUCCAGUCUCUCUCCGACAUCCCAUACGAGGACGUCAUCACAGCGCACAGCGUCAACACCUUCGUGCCCCUCAUCCUGAUCCGCGAGCUGCUGCCCGGCAUGCAAGACGGGCACAUCGUCAACGUGUCAUCGAGAGAGGGCAUCUUCGAGACGGACCGCAACAGUUCAGCCAAGAGGGGCCACCACGUGCACACCAACAUGUCCAAAGCCGGGCUCAACAUGAUCACUGAGACCGAGGCAGCCACGGCCUGGAAGAAGCACAAGGUAGCCAUGAACACCGUGGACCCCGGAUACAUGAGCGCUGCGCCCGAGUACGAGGACGCGCGCGGUGGCGAGAGACCGAUUGGAUGGGAGGACGGCGCAAGUCGAGUACUGUGGCCCAUUGCGAGGAGCGUCAGAGAGCAGAAGGACCCGGAGACGAUGCAUGUGAGAAAGGAUUAUGCGCCGAUAUGGGGCCGGUUCUUGAAGCAUUACGGGGCGGUACGUGUCGAUACUCGCCUGUCGCAGUAG